UCGCCGCCGUCACCGUCAUUUUUCCAGCGAUAAUCAAUCAAUCAAUCAAUAAUCCUUUAUUGUCAUAAAACACAAAGUGUUUUAACAAACGUCAAUCAGAUAACCCACUUGCCCGUCUGGUUAGCUCCGUCAGAAACCGGAGCUAACCAGAAGAAAUGCAUCAGUUGCGAUGGAGAGUUCAUCAGACGAGGAAUUGCUAGUAAUAGCCGCAGCAUGUGCUGAAGAAGAAGAAGAGAUACAGAAACGGAGAAAGCAUAGGUACUGGGUGCACGAAAUCUUCAGAAGAAGAAACGAAUUUGGUGAAUUUCAUCAUUUGUUUGACGACUUGAAAAAAGACGAUGCUAAGUUCUUUUUAUAUUUCCGCAUGACUCCAAAGAAGUUCUACGAAUUGCUCGAGUUACUGAAAUUCCCAGUGAAACACAGUAACUUCCGUGAGGUCAUUGGUCCUGAGGAGCGGCUGGGCUUGACACUGAAGUAAGUAAAUUUAUAAAUGUCAUGUUACUUUUCCCAUCAUCGUGUGAUUUGUCAAACGGCCAAAACUUUGAUUUCAUAAUUUCGCUUACAGAAAAAUAUUUGUAAAUAACUUACCUGACA